CAACUUCCUAUAUAAAAAAUUUACACGUUAAACUUGAAGGAUUUCAUAUAGAAAAUGAAAGCCAGAAUCAAUCCUGGAACAUAGAAAGAGAAAUGCUUCACACUCAAAUUAAUAGGUUAACUUAUGAAGUUAUUCGGUUGAAUAACGAAGUGAAUCGGUUGAAAAAUGAAGGCAAUAAUUUAAUUGAAUGGAUUUUUAGCAUUCUUCAAAAUUUAACGGAUUAA